UUUUAUCAGUGUAAGGGCAGCGCCACAUCACAAUAAAGUGCAUAACGCUGCGAGCGAGUGAGAAACGUGUGAAAUUUGAUACUUUGAAAACGCGAAACCCGCGCUAGGUUGGUGUUUCGUACGUGGAGUUCAAAGAUCCCUUGGCUCGAAGUUAAACGAGCAGCAAUAAUAAUCGAAACGGUGUUGAAACUCUGCGGGAUGAUAUUGUACAUUUUGCACAGUAGGGAAUUGGCACAUUUCGCGCGCUACUAAAACGGCUCGUGUCGUGAGAUCGGUUUUAUCCAGUCACAAACUCAGGCGAAUAGUGAAGCAAGAAAUUAAAAAUUUCUAUAACGUCAGUUGUAAUUGGAGACGUUGGAUUUUCUACAUGCCAAUGAGAAGAGACAAACAGAUGCCUUGGACAUAGGAUUGAAAUCGGUGCAAUGAACUAAGUGACAAAGCUGGCUCGUAUAGCAGUAAUCGAUAAUUAGUAGCAGUCAAUGCGAUUUAUUCAAUCAGAAGGAACUGGAUAAGAACUUUGCGUUACACCAACAAAAAGAUAAAACUCUCAUCACGAUACUGCUAAGAUCGUAUCUCAUAAAUCAACCGUUUGCCUAUCAACAUUGUACCACUGAACGACGGACAACCAACAACUGGAAAAAAAGGAAUAUGGAAACAAAAAUAUGCCGAUCAUAGAUGGAAGAUAUAAGCAGUCGGUUCAGGUUACACCCGUAUCCAAACGACAUUACUCGCUUUUAACCAAUCGGAUGGAAUUUAAAUUUUAUGAAAUCAAAGCUUUUACUCGCUCGAUUAGACCACGUGGGAUCAAACUGUUCGUUUCCCGCUCUUUGGUCUCUGUUUUUAUCCGUAUUCCUACCAACAACCAGUGAGAGACCAUACCGGAGGGAUUUGUGACAUCAUAUCGGAGUUAUUCUGAACUGAAAGCAUCGUGACGCGGUAAACAGUAAACCAGGGGGAAAACGUUGUUCGCGCUCUCGUUCGCACUCCGUUGCAUGUGAAAAGGAUCCAAUUUCAACGGCGCGGCGGCAACAACGACGACGUGAGAGCGAAUUGUCACAUCCAGAACCCGAGCGCGCGGAGGAUGGAUCUAGUGAUGGCCACUGCAUCGACAACCACGCCGGCAUCGAAGAGUUCGCCCUCACCCCACCGGAUUAAGGUCAAAAAGGAGAUUUGCACCGAACCGGACAACAUCAAGGACUUUGCCGAGACGGCCAUGAACGACAUUCUCGGCUGGUAUGGCUACGGGGACAGUGUGGAUCAUCGUAUCGAUAUCAAUCCGUCGGCCCCUCCAGCUCCCCCACCGUCUUCGAAUGCAACGACGCCAGCAGGUGAUCCCGGCAAGCAGCGCAGCAAUGGGAGCAAGGACAGCAGCACAUCGUCGUCGUCAUCAUCCACGACAACGUCGAAAUCGAAGCUCGCCAAGACACAACACAAGCUCAGGCAAUUCAAUAUGCCGCAGCAUAAUUCCAGUGAGCUAAGUGAUAGCAUUAUUGCAUCGGCAGCGGCGGCAGUCGUCGUCGCAUCAGGUGUAGUUUCACCAUCGUCUUCGUUAGGAAAACCCACCAACAGCAACAACGGCAACAAUACCGGCCUCACUGGAGGUAAUAAUAACCAAACAACGGCCAACAGUAGCAGCGGCAACGGCAACACCAACAACACCAGGAACGGUGUUAAUUUACAUCACCGGGCUGAAAGUUCCACGUCCGAGAAGGAUAGCUCCCGGGAGAGUUCGAAAAGUCCGCUGCUAGUGAAGAUGCUCGACAAGCAAGAACCCAUCUGUCAGUGGUGCAGACGAGGAGUGCCACCCGGCCAAAACGGGAUCCUUGGCACAACGGAGGGCACCAUCUUCUGUUCGGAGUCGUGCUUUUCGCAGAGUCGACGAGCCUCGUUCAAAAGAGCCAAAACGUGUGACUGGUGCCGCCACGUGCGACAUGCCGUAAGCUAUGUGGAUUUCCAGGAUGGCGUUACACAGUUGCAGUUUUGCUCGGAUAAAUGUCUAAAUCAGUACAAGAUGCAGAUCUUUUGCAACGAAACACAAGCUCAUCUGGAUAUGAAUCCACAUCUGAAGGAAAAGAGCGCUUCGACAGGAAGCCUUAUAACUCCAGAUCUCUGGUUGAAGAACUGCAAGAGUCGUUCUAUGUCACCAGCGUCGGAUCGAUCAGAGUCCGUAUCUCCAACGUCGUCGAUGCAUCAAUCUCCGGAGCCCUCACCAACAAUGCGAUCACCACCUUCCAAGAAACCAAUGAUCUCCGUAGCACCUGCUUCUAAGCUUCUUUCGAAGACCGUUCAGAUCCCUAUAUCACGCAAUACCGCCAAAGCCAAUCGAAAACGCCGUCCUGGUCUACGACCUAUGCAGCAAACUGUGCUGCAAAACCGUCGAAGUUCAAAUCUCAAAUUGGACUUCUCCCAAACUAACAAUAAUAAUAACUCAAACGUCCUGAACAACAACCUUACGUCUACCAGUUCUGGCAUGCUCACCAAACCGGCCACAGUUACCAGCGGCAGCGUCCAGGAUUUACGCAAUGCGAUCCCAAUGCAAAAACUACCCCAUCCAUUGACUCCAACAAAAUUCGAAAACCGAGAGUCUCCAACCACUCCUCGACCUCCACUGAACAUCCCCCAUAAGUUCCUGCAAAUGCCACCGAAUCCCGCUAUGCGACCACCUUUCUUCCCAAUGAAUCCCAUGUUCCGGUUCGGAUCGUUUCCAAACCAACCGAAUACCAUGCCUCCGCCACCGCCGGUCGGAACACCACUACCAAAUAUCGAACUCGGAUCAGCCAAUCGACCACCGGGAUCGAUACUAGGUCUACCGGUCCCACCGGUCACCAUCCUUGUUCCAUGUCCAAUAGUGAUACCCCUCCCCCUGCCAAUACCAAUCCCCAUUCCCUUGAUCGACUUCCUCAAGGCAACUAAUCCAAAGUCACCGAAGCAGGAACCUUCGAAUAGUCGAUCGCCAGAUCAUCAACUCGAUGACAUCAGCGAUCUCGAAAAGGAACCCGACAUGGAAGAAUCGCCCCUAGACUUCACAAUAGUCAGCCACAAACAACGGAGGCGACAGGAACAAGAGGAAGAAGAGGCGUUGGCCGGCAGCCGAAGUAGCUAUACUUUGGAACCGAUUGCAGCACACGACGAUGCCAGAACGAACGAUACGGACCGGAGUCCUGAACACAAGUUACCAAAGUUCAAGAUAACUCGCUUGAACCUGCGGCGGGUGACGGAAAGCGAAGAAGACACGCGAACAACAGUUGGGAAUGUGAGGGAACAACAACGGUCACCCGAAGAAGAGGAGGCGGAAAGUUGCAGGGAGAUGGUAGAACGGAGUCGACCGUUGAGAAAGCGGAAACGUCUGGUGGUGGCCCAUCAUGAAGCUAUGGCUGCCGAGCAGGAUGAGGAAACCAGUGGUGCUAAAGGUUAGAUGUUGGUAGAGUUACAAACAGUGCUACGAUGUAUCAAAACUAUUUGUAAGAUAUCUGUGGAAGUGGCUCUAGGCAUCUGUAGGAAUGUUAAGAAUCGUUACGAUUGGGUAUUUUGCUUGAGCUUAAAGAUUACUGUGAAUCAUGUGGAAUUAUUAUACCCACGUGAGUAUUAAAGUGGAUAUUUGUGACCAUUUUUUCAGAUCCACAAGUUUAAAAUUUGAGCGCGUUCGGUUCCGUCUACGCUAUGCGCAUUGCGAUUGUAAUUUGUAUGGGAUUUUAUUUGGGAAAACAUCCUUUUUAGUCAUUACCAAUGUCAUUGAAAUCAUUUCACAAAUUUCACUAAAUUAGAGUUUGAAAUAGGACCCAACACUACUAGGGACAGGCAUGUCUUCAUUUGAUUUCCUUGAUCUUUGACGAAUAUAAGAUUCUUGGUAUAUUUUUGUAAAGAUCUUUGAAUUGCAUUGAAAUUAGCAGAUCUAAAAAAAUAGUUGAUGGAAUCUAGGUAAAGUUUCUACGCCUGUUCUUGGUAGAUUCUACAUAAUGUCAUCAACAGAUCCUUGAAUAGAUCUUCAGAGAAUUCCUAGCGAGAUUUUCGUCAAAAUAUCCAUAAAGGUUUCCCUGUAAGAACUUUGAAGAAAAAAGCCGUUCAAUGAAGGAUCUUUGACUGAUUUCUCUGAACAUCUUUAGUGAAUUCCUAAGUAAAUCGUUUGUAAAACACAACAAAAUAGCAUUAUCGAUAAAUAUUUGUCGAUUUUGUGAAAAUUUUGUUUCCUUUUUCGAAGAUCUUAUGUAAUUGUUUCACAUUCUCAUCAGAUUUCAGAAUAUAGUAGAAAGUAGGAGUGUUUGACCAGAUUAACCCUUUGAAACCUAAAUUUUUAUUUUUGAUUUAUAUUUUUUUUUUGCUGUCUAAAAUCGAUUUGAACACGUUUUGAGCAAUGAUUUACUUUUAAUCGCAAAUUUAUAAAUUCUUGUUUUUGAAUUUUAUAAUUUUUAUUUUUGAACAUCCCUAUAUAGCGAGACAUCGCGACGAACUAGGUGUUAGCGCUUGUCCGGAAGCGUACACUUAAGGAUUUCUUUCACAUUUGUAGUGGUAUCUAAGGCGAACUACCUCGCAAGGGUUCUCUUAAUCAAAAAAGUAGAGAACUUGGUUCCCAAGGUUCUAGUCACCUGGAACUAGAGAUGUACCGAAUAUUCGGCCGGCCGAAUAUUCGGGCCGAAUAUCUCGAUUUUUUUGAUUUUGCCGAAUAUUCGGUCUGCCGAAUAAUAAAUUCUGCUAUUCGGCCGAAUAGGCCGAAUAGUGACCGAAUAGUAACAAAAUUAAAUAAUUGAGAAAAGUUAAAAAAUCAAAGAAUUUAUUCAAAUGAUGAUACAUUAAAAUUUUCGUUUCAUGCAUUCUAUGAAAGAAGUUUGAUGUCAAAUAUAAAAAAAAAAAAUGUGAGAAUUUCUCCGAUCUAUGGCGGUGCUGCUCAAUACAUAAGGCAUUCUCUGCUAAUGAGCCUUAAGCUAACAUUAUAAGCUUUGCUAAUUGUGCAAAUAUUUCGCUAGGCAUAAAUCAACAGACAAACAUAGGUUUCAACACCAACCAAAUCUAUGCGAUGACAAACAUUUGUUUGGCACUGUAUCAAUCCAUGCCAAAUAUUUGAUAUAGUGUACUGAUAGCUUUAUAAUCAUUUUUCUGGGGCUGUAAGGAACCACUAGACUAAAUAGUUUGACGCGUAUGGACUCAAUGCUUUUAAUUUUAACCGUUAACAUAUAUUAGCACUUUCCAUUCUUUCGAUAUUGUUUGGUUUGAGACACCUGCUCAAGUUCUUCCUUUUAGCAUAAUAAAGUGGUCUGCAGUCUGUUUGUUCCAAUUUCUUUGAAACACUUCCAAAAGUCGGAUGAGAAAUCUAGUAACGUAUAUUGGAUUAUAUUUUAACAAAACAUGAGAUGGAUAAAAAGUGCUAGCAAUAGAAUUUAAAUCCCUUACUUUAGAAAUAUGAAUGAUCUUUGAAAUUUACUGUUUUUGUGAUUUCUACAAAUUGGUUUCAAAAGCUCAAGAGGACGAUCAUUCAUUUUCAUUCAUAAUCCGUUCAAAUUUUCACCGUAGAAGCUUUCCAUACUUAAGCAAACUCGUUUUUUUUCUUUAU